AAUAAAAAUACAACGCGCCGGAAUACCUCUAGUAUAUAUAUAUAUAUAUAUCUUGGAGCAUCAUUUUCUGUUGCCUUUUUGUUUAUUCUUUCAAGGGAGACAAAGGCAUCACGGACCUCAAAUCUGCUUUACAGAACAUAUUUGCUGAGACUAUUGUUGAUAACAAGGAUGAAUUUAUGAAAACUUUUUCAACAGAGAAAGAUUUUAUUAGGAAUAUGGUCUCAAACGGAGAGGUAGUGCAUUCUGGAGUUAUAGAUAGAAGCAGCAUUGAUGCUCAAGUGGCUCCUGAAUUUUUAUGUUCUCUUGUUAGUAUUAACUAGACGUGGGUCCAUUAUAUCAGGCAGCAACCCUAUUGAUGUCACUGAUCCUGACUGGCAUUUAUAUCUCUUAAUCCAAAAGAAGGAACAUAAAGAGGAGCCUUUGUAUCAAAUUGUGGGCUUUACUGCAGUUUAUAAAUUCUAUCGUUACCCCGACAGGUUAAGGAUGCGACUCAGCCAGAUCUUGGUCUUGCCUUCCUUCCAAGGAAAAGGUUUUGGAAGCUAUCUCGUGGAGGUUGUAAACAAAGUGGCCACAGCAGAAAACGUCUACGAUCUAACAGUAGAAGAGCCAUCCGAGAAGUUCCAACACAUUCGCACUUGCAUAGACAUAAACCGCUUGCGCGCAUUCGACCCUAUCAAACCAGCCAUUGAUUCAGCUGUUGAGACUCUCACAAAGGGUAAGCUAUCGAAGAAAGCUCAGAUACCUCGAUUCACUCCGCCUUUGAAUGCCAUUGAUAAAGUCCGUGAAACUCUGAAGAUCAACAAGAAACAUUUCCUCAAAUGCUGGGAGAUAUUGAUAUAUCUCGCGCUUGACCCUAUUGACAAAUACUUGGACGAUUACACAUCUGUUAUCACGAACCAUGUGAGAGCUGGCAUUCUUGGAAAAGAUAUAGAAGCUCCAAAGAAACAAGUCGUGGAUGUUCCAACAUCGUAUGCAGCUGAAGCAUCGUUUGUGGUUUUCAAGAGUCUCAGUGGAGAAGCUAAUAAUGGGAAUGAUGUUCAAGUUGAUGAAAACAAACCGGAUCAAGAGGAGCAGCUGAAGCAAUUGGUUGAAGAAAGGAUUCGUGAGAUUAAGUUGGUUGCUGGGAAAGUCUCAAAGUUAAGGAUCUGAUUCGAAUAAAGACUGAAAGAUUUUUGUCACAAAAUUUUUUUUAUCGAGCGAUGUGAUCUUUAAAAAGACGGAUCUGUUUUUAUCCGAUCUGUUAUGGAGUAAACUUAUAUAGUUCCGGUUUAGCGGUUUAUUCCGGUUA